AUGUCUGAAGCAAAAGAUGAUGUGAAUCCAUUGCCAGAGUCUCCUCCACGCGCCAGCUCAUGGAUUCCCUCGGUCCCCGCGCCUAUAAAGCGCGUGUUUGACAGAUUUCCACUUGUCACAUAUCCGCCCAAUGAAAUACCUUCUCGAUCGCCGUCGAGCCAUGAUGAACCUCGUCUAUAUAUGUUUUCAAGCCUACAGGGCUCCAAACAAUCUGCGCCCUCACAUAAUCCCCAGUGUCUGAAGUGGCAGGCGUACCUAAAUUUCCGUGGAAUAAAAUAUCAAAUUGUUCCUUCAAACAACCAUGCGUCUCUAACAGGCUCGCUCCCUUUCCUCCUCCCUGCCGCCGAAUCGAAUGACACGGUCAACCCUGUACCAUCGAACCAGCUGAAACGAUGGGUGGAUGGGCAAUUGGGUCAUGGAAAGGAGGAAACACGAGAUAUGCGCUUCGAUGCCUAUUCUUCGCUUCUGGAUCACCGUCUACGUAAUGCUUGGAUAAUUCGAAUUUCGACGCUAUCGCGCGCAAAUUUUACGUCAAUCCCUCGACAACGAACUUGUUCGUACGGAUUGCCAUCUCUGGAGAAUUACAAAGUGCAGCUAGAAAUGAGCUUCUGA